CCACAAAUGACACUUCCAAGACAUGGCGUGUUCGAGGUCCGGAACUUACAGUCACAUUCUCUCCUGGGGCAUCCAGGGGUACCGCGGAUGGAAGGGGAUGGAAGUCCUGCAAUCCCAUGUGUGGUCAGCGGGAGAUCAACAAGUAUAAAGACCUGUGCAGACGCGAUCCUCGAGAUCUCCAGUUGAUCACCGCACCGCCACUCCACCAAAGAGACCUCUUGUCAAAAUACCCAAACCUUGAAGAUGAAGUUCACCUCCUCCGUUGCCCUGCUGGCUGCUGCCGGCGCCCAGGCCCACUACACCUUCCCCAAGACCAUCGUCGAUGGCGUGACCUCGGCCGAGUGGGAGACGAUCCGCAUCACCGAGAACCACUACUCGCACGGCCCCAUCGAGGAUGUCACCAGCUCCAAGAUGACCUGCUACGAGCGCGAUGUCGGCACCGGCGCGGCCAAGACCGUCGCCGUCAAGGCCGGCGGCAAGGUCGGCUUCACCGUCGACACCUCCAUCGGCCACCCGGGCCCCACCCACUUCUACAUGGCCAAGGUGCCGUCGGGCCAGACCGCCGCCACCUUCGACGGCAAGGGCGCCGUCUGGUUCAAGAUCUACGAGGACGGGCCGUCCGGCCUCGGCACCGGCACCCUCACCUGGCCCAGCGAUGGCAAGACCGAGGUCGACGUCACCAUCCCCAGCUGCGUCGAGGACGGCGAGUACCUCCUCCGCGUCGAGCACAUCGGCCUCCACAGCGCCGGCAACGUCGGUGGUGCCCAGUUCUACCUCUCCUGCGCGCAGAUCUCCGUCUCGGGCGGCAGCGGCUCGCUCAACGCGGGCUCGCUGGUGUCGUUCCCGGGCGCCUACAGCGCGUCGGACCCCGGCAUCCACUUCCAGCUGUACUGGCCCACGCCCACCAGCUACGUCAACCCCGGCCCGGCCGUCGUUUCGUGCUAGGCUGGUUGAGACUAAGUUGGGCGAGGGGUGGGGUGGUUGGGUUAACGAAUUCUUUCUUGUAUAUAAGGAAUAGUUACGCUGGCUGUGGUCGCAGUCUUGUAUAUACGGAAUGGUUACGCUGGUUAUGAAUCAUCACAAAUAUCCUA